AUGACGAGCUCAGCUACUUUCUCGGACCUCCAACCGGCGACGACAUACAUAAUUCAAGUUCGAGCAAACAACACGGAAGGCGUUGGUCCAUGGUCGACCAGUAUAAGUGUGACAACAGAUCCGGCAUCGCCUGGAAUCAUUAGCUUUACAAUGAAUGAAACCACAGUGUCGGAAGCAGGAGGCUCGAUAGAACUGUCGUUGCUCCGCACAAUGGGAGGAUUCAUGUCUGCCAAGUGCUAUUUCACAACAGUUGACGGUACCGCUGUGGCUGGUGUUCAGUACGUGGAAACAAGCGGAGAAGUUGACUUUAAUCGGAGUACCAGUGCCCAAAGCAUCGUUGUUUCCAUCAUCAACAAUGCCGUCACGGACGACCCAGACAAGUAUUUUUUCGUUUCAAUCCAGCCGUUCGAUGAUGAAUCAGGAGAAAUCGGAGAUAAUUCGACCAUCAAAGUUACGAUAUUGGAUGACGGAGAUGCUGGAACUCUCGCAUUUGGCCAGAUCAACAACGUAUCCGAAUCGGUAGCUACGCUUACAGUGAAGAUUAUACGAACCGGGGCGUUUAGUGGCGGUGGCGAUAUUGCAAUUGAUACAGUUGAUACCCCUGGGGGCGCCGUGGCUGGAAUCGACUAUAACAUCCAAAAUUCAGUUGUGAGCUUCACUAACCUACAAAAGGAAGCAUUUGCCACCAUCGAAAUUCUGAAUGACGCAAUGUAUCAAGUACAGAAGACAUUUCAGUUGACGCUUCGAGCUAUCAGUGGCCGAAUCUCGGGUACAAGUGAGUUGAGCGAUGUGUUUGUUGCGAGCACCAAGUAUUUAUCGAUUCCGGAUGAAGCUCAGAACAUCGUUGCGCUUUCUCGAACUGGCGGAUCCGUCACACUUUCCUGGACACCCCCGUUCGAUUUUGGUGGAGCGGAUAUUACCGCGUAUGAUGUGUCGUUCUUCCUUGGU